AUGUCUAACAAAGAAUUUAUAUUAAUAGAAAUCACUCUUUUAACAACUACGGUGCAAAGUCUGAUUAAUGAAGUAAGAAUAUUAAAAGCUAAUAAAUCAACUACACUGAAAGAUCAUGAUACCAAUAGAAAUUACGAUGAAUUGUAUGAUGAUUAUGAUGAAUCACAAAACGAAACUGAUAAUAAUAAUGAAGAACAUGACAAUUUCGAUGAUACAAAUAACAUUUCUG